UUUCAAUGGCGGCUAUCCUUCGCUCACUCUUCAUUUUUUCAUCAUUAUUGCCAGCAUCAUCCUCGUUUCCAGACCACCAUCAUCAAAGUCCUCCCCUGCCUUUCCCAUCGAACAGCAUUUUGCAGAAAUCGAUUAAGCUUGGAGAAGGUCUUCUGGAGAAGCCAGAGGAUGUAGCCGUAGAUAGAAGAAGCGGUUUUCUGUACACGGCGACGAGAGACGGAUGGAUCAAAAGGAUUCCGAGAAAUGGAAGCAGGUGGGAGAAUUUGCACCACGUCGACAGCCACGCCUUGUACGGUCUCGAUAUUACAGCCGCCGGCGAUGUAAUUGUGUGCGAUUCAAAUAAGGGCUUGCUUAAGAUCAAUAAAAAUGGCGUCCAGAUUCUUGUUUCCCAAGUUAAUGGCAAAUCGGCGAGAUAUGCAAAUGCUGUGUCUGCAUCGACGAAUGGUAAGCUAUACUUCAGCAUUUCAGUGAAUGUGAAGAACGAGACGUCCACGGGGAAGCUAGUCGAAUUCGAUCCUUCGACAAGCAAAUCAUCGAUUCUUAUCGAUCAUAUCGAUUUUGCAAAUGGUGUCGCCGUGUCCAAAAACCAGGAUUUUGUAGUUGUCUGUGAAACAUACAAAUAUAGAUGUUUAAAAUACAUUCUGGAAGGCAAGGAUGCAGGAAAAUCGAAGAUAUUUGUCGACAAACUCCCCGGGCUUCCGGACAACAUACAUGUGGCUCCCGAUGGCUCUUUCUGGAUUGCCUUGUUACUGAUUAAGCCGGGGACCAAAUUGGAAUUUCAAUCUAAGAAUGUUCGGAAGACCCCCGAGGUGGAUAACAAAGCGCUGGUGGUGAAUGUAGCAGCAGACGGCAAAAUCAUAAAAGGAUUCGACGAUCCAACAGGGGCAGUCAUGUCAUUUGUAACAUCGGCUCUAGAAUUCGAAGGCAAUUUGUAUAUGGGAGGCCUGAGGAAUAAUUAUGUUGGGAAAUUGGCUUUGCCGAGCAUGUACUAAAAAUUAUUACAAUAAGUGAGAUCAUCCAAGAACCGGGAAGUAAUAAAACAGCACCAUUUGUUUUGAC